AUGCCGGCCUCAGGAUCCGGAUCCUCACUCCUUGCCGACGUUUAUUUGCAAAACUGCAAUCUUGGCUUCACCCCGCGAUGGGAGUUCCAGCCUGAUCUUGACAAGAUGAGAAUGACGAUCCAAGCGCUUUUCCAUACUCAAAACGUCCGCAUCAAACAUUUUGCCGAAGGUUGCUUCAAUAAACUCUACGAAGUUCAGGUCAACGAUCAGGACCCGCGGCUGCUACGAGUGGCGCUGCCCGUUGAUCCGCAAAACAAGACCAUGAGCGAAGUUGCUACGAUUCAAUGGGUCUCCACGAUUACAGACCUUCCGAUCCCGAAAGUCAUUCAUUACGACGCGUCGCGCGAUUCUCCCGUUGGGUACGAAUGGAUCUUGAUGAGCAAGAUUGCAGGUGCGCGAAUGCAAGAUACAUGGCGACAUCUUACCCUCCCUCAGAAAACAGAAACAGUCCGUCAGGUCGCGUCUUUCAUAGCCUCCCUCUUUCGCGAAAGGUUCACCACGAUUGGAAACUUGUACCCUCCUGUAUAUGCAAGCGAAACACCCAGGCCCGGCCCGAUUGUGUCGACUUGCUUUUUCUACGGCCUCAUCAACAAAUCCGACAUUAGCCGAGGGCCGUUUCGGAACAGCAGCGAGUGGUUUUCAGCACGGCUUGAGGCGACUAAAAGGGAUGCGACAGCGACCAUGGCAAAGUGGUGCGGCAAUGAAGACCUCGAUUGCGCUGCGGUCAAGGAGAUUGACGAUGCUGCACGAACAUUUGGCAUCGCUGAGAGAUUGCUGCAUCUGAUACGGCGCAUCUUUCCAUGUCACACGGAAACAGAGGCCACAGUUCUCUACCACGACGAUCUACAUGGGAACAACAUUCUUGUCGACGAUGCAGGCAAAAUCACAGGCAUUGUAGACUGGGAGUGUGUUUCCAUCGUGCCCCUUUGGAAAGCCUGCGGCAUCCCCCAAUUCCUCUUUGAACAACCCAGAUGGACCGAACCUGACCGCAGGCGAUACCGCUAUGACGUGAACGGCGAGAUGUCCGAGCUAUACUACAAGCAUUUACACCAGUACGAAACCACGCGUUUGAGAGAGGUCUUCUUGGAAGAAAUGGAGCGACUUGACCAGCGAUGGAUGGACAUUCAUAAAAAGACGCAACUGCUGAGGGACUUUGACUUUGCAGUGCAGUUUUGUGACGAUGUCGCCGUUUUCAAGCAUAUCGUCAAGUGGGCUGAGGCUGUGGAGGCUGGAGGGGAUGUGCCGAGGAUGUGGGACCUGGUAUGGGCGAAUGCACUCAAGUGGUAUUGA